AACUACUGUCCAUUUCUCCUUCGUUCGCAGCUUCACAAAAUCGAAAAUGGUUUCGUUGAAGCUCCAGAAGCGGCUCGCCGCUAGUGUCCUCAAGUGUGGAAGAGGCAAAGUUUGGCUUGAUCCUAAUGAAGGCAAUGAAAUCUCCAUGGCCAAUUCCCGUCAAAACAUCAGGAAAUUGGUGAAGGAUGGUUUCAUCAUCAGGAAACCAACCAAAAUUCACUCGAGAUCUCGUGCUCGCCGAAUGAAGGAGGCCAAGAGGAAAGGCCGUCACUCUGGAUAUGGUAAGCGCAAAGGUACCAGGGAGGCUAGACUUCCUACCAAGGUGCUUUGGAUGAGGAGAUUGAGAGUCCUCAGGCGUUUGCUUCGCAAGUAUAGGGAAUCAAAGAAGAUUGACAAACACAUGUAUCAUGACAUGUACAUGAAGGUGAAGGGUAAUGUUUUCAAGAACAAGCGUGUGCUGAUGGAAAAUAUCCACAAGACAAAGGCUGAGAAGGCUAGAGAAAAGACCUUGUCUGACCAAUUUGAGGCUAGGAGGGCAAAGAACAAGGCAAGCAGAGAAAGAAAGUUUGCAAGGAGAGAAGAACGUUUGGCUCAGGGACCAGGAGGAGAGAAGCCAGUACAACCUGCAGCACCAGCCGCUGCUGCACCAGCCCAGCCAGCCCAGGGAUCUAAGAAGUCGAAGAAAUGAGCGUGAUGAAUUGUAAGGAGGGUUGGCGCUAUGCCUACUUUUUGUCCUUGUUAGUAUGGCAGUUUAGUAUGUUUGAUCCCUGCCCUUUUUGGCCUUUUAACUUUAAAAGACAAUGUUACUUGUACUGAAUUUGAAAGCUGGUUUAAAUUUUUGAUACGUUGAUCCUUUUAUAUGUUUUUAA